CGGGGCUGGACCGGACCGAGCCCAGCUGAGCCGAGCCUAGCUGGGCUGAGAGGGGCCGAGCCGAGCGGAGCUGAGCUGAGCCGAUCCGAUCCAAUUCAAGCUGAGCUGAGCUGAGCCCAUCCGAUCCAAGCUGAGCCGAGCCGAGCCGAUUCGAUCCAAGCGGAGCUGACCCGAGCCGAACUGAGCCGAGCCGCCCCGGGCCCUCCCGCCGCCCGCCCGGCUGUUGACAAGCGGCGGCGGGAGUCAGCGCGCUCGUCCCCAUGUGGCGGACGCUGGCCCUCGCCUCCGCCUUCUUCCCGGGGCUCUUCGUCCUCUGCAUCCGGUUGCUGCGCUGGGCCGCCCCAGGAUGGAGCCUCAAGGACCGCAUCCUGCUCAGCGGCAGGCUGGUGUCAACGGUCCAAGCCACGAUGGCCACAGUGUCGGGGAUCACGGUUAUCCUCAGCUGCAAGAACGUGGUGUACGACAGGCACUGGCUGGCCGUGGAGUACAUCUGGGUCCUCGUUCCCUACAUGACUUAUGACAUCUAUGUCAUGUACCUCUGCCACUGGCACAAGAGCCUGGAAAAGGGAAUCACAGAGAAGAAGCACUCACUGGCCAGUGUGUGGAGCUUCCUCCUGCAGGAGCGGCUGAUGGUGACCCACCACCUCUUCAUCCUCAUCGUGCUCACCCCCAUCACCCAGCACUUCAGGGGAGAGCUGGGGGACUUCUUCGUGGGCUGCAUCUUCACAGCAGAGCUGAGCACACCUUUCGUAUCCCUGGGCAAAAUCCUCAUGCAGCUCAAAAUGCAGGACACGCUCCUGCACAAGGUGAACGGGAUCCUCAUCCUGGUGACCUUCUUCCUCUGCCGCAUCCUCCUCUUCCCCUUCAUGUACGCGGCCUACGGGUGGCAGGUGGGGAUGCCCGUGUACAUGGUGCCUUUCCGCAUCCCGCUGCACUGCAACAUCGCCAACGCCUCCCUCAUCGCCCCCCAGAUCUACUGGUUCAGGCUCAUCUGCCGCAAAGCCGCCCGUCUCUACGGCCGCCCGCCCGCCGACCGGAGCAGAUAACGGCCGGCCCUGCCAGCCCAGCCGGGGGCUGCCACGGGGUCGGCCCC